GGCGCGAAGCCCUUUUCGCGUAAGCAGUCGUUUGUUUGCCGUACGUCGCUCACACCGUCGAGAAGUGUGUCCCGUUUUUAGCUUCAAAUAACUACAGCACAACACUUAGCCACGCGAAUCGUUACAUAUUAUAACACGAACAUUAUAUACGCCGCACGUCUACUAUUCUGCCUGGUGCUCGAACCAUCGAUGCUGCUUGUCUAGUACGAUAAUACGAGAGAACGAAUCCGUACGAUAACAUCGUCCGGAUCCGCUGCAUACGAUAAAUCACUUACGGGAUCGAUCUCCAGCCGCGUGUACGAUAUUAAAUUUCUGAACACGUCCGUCGCGUUCCUAGUCGAGAACUUUAACGACAAAGUUCACGUGUGCGACGAAUUCCUCGCAAACGUCAGGACGCGUUUACGAACGUUGCACCGCGAGGUUUUCGCGCCCACCGUCCGUAUCAAAACACACGCACGGAUGACUGAAGACAAAAAUCUCACCCCGUUUUCUAUAGCGGACAUACUAAAAUCCAACGACCAAGGGAAUGGCGGAGGUGGAGGUGGAGUUGAUGGACGUGACGGCGGUACAGGGCAUCGCGCGAAAGACAACGAAGCAUUGGAUAUGACCAACAAUAAGAUAUGCGCUCACAAAAAAGAAGACCUUAAGUUCCAAGACAUCGAAUACCGGAGAAGAAUCGAACUGCUGGGCAGCGGAGACUUUAUAUUUAAUCGGACGGGAGACCAUCGGAGUGCCCUUUCGCGAUUUCUACGGACUCACAGCGAGAGACCACUGCACAUCCAACAACGAAAAAAACGGUCCCGAGCUGCUUUUUCCCAUUCACAGGUGUUCGAGCUGGAACGGCGUUUCAACCAGCAGCGUUACCUGUCGGGGCCGGAACGCGCGGACUUGGCGCACUCGCUGAAGCUGACCGAGACCCAGGUGAAGAUCUGGUUCCAGAACCGGCGGUACAAGACCAAACGCAAACAGUUGCAGGUGCCAACGGUUGCGGCGGGCGAGCACCGGACGUCCGGCGGCGGCGGCAGUUUGCCGGCCAAAAGGGUCGCGGUCAAAGUGUUGGUCCGGGACGAGUGUUCCGAGAAGGCGGCCGCUGCGACGGUGUACCACCACCAACAACCAGGCAGACACGCGGUGACCGGAACCGUAGCAGCGGCCGCAGCGGCAAGCGAUUACCGUCUGUUACUGCAACAGCAGCAACGGAAUCAUCUCAUUCGUGGCGUCGGCGGCGGCGGCGGCGGCGGCGGCGGUGACGGUAGUACUGAACUCGGUAGUGCUGAACUCGUCGGUACCACCGGUUACCUGGGUUUCGGUAACGGGUUGCACUUUUCGACUUCAGCCGCCACCGCCGCCGCCGCCCCGUAUUACUGUUACCAGUACGCGCCGGUCAUGGCGUACUUGCACGAGCCGGGCAGUCGGGUGUCGUCGACCACCACCGACGACCAGGACACGUCCAACGACGGCACCGAGUGUUCCAUAAACAUCGUCGACGAGUGUCCCACGUCCACCACGACGACGGCCUCCGAAUGAACACACUCGUGAUACGCACAUCGCGUUGCCGCGGCAACGGUGAAAACAUCGAAAGAUUACGUUGCACGUACGCUCCCACCCCGCUCCUCUACCCCUCUAAUCCCGGAGUAACACAUGCGACGAGUACGCGUAUUUAUUUUGUUUUCGUAAUCCCUUCCGAAUCGCACGCUACUCGUUUUGUCCACGACCGAUUUUCAUGCGUACGUACGUGUGGCACGCCGGCGGUCAUCAAAACCGCACACUUACCGUUCAUAACCGCACAUUUUACAUCGUUCAAUACCGCACAUAUUUAUUCUAUUGUUAAAAAGGGAAAUUUGAAAGGUCGGUGGUUCAAGACUGCACACAUUUGGUUAACAGUUCCUUUCUCUCUGCACACUUUGCAUAUACAGUUCACGUUGCCGGUUUCGUGUGAGUCCUAUCUAACCUGGGACCUACUUGGGGUGAUGUUACAUAUCAAAUCGGGGGAUAUUUUCGUUUUUAACCGUCCGAGCGAGCGAAUGACCCCGAUCGGUCUCGAGGUGCACUCAUGUUAUUUUAGACAAAUGUAUACGUAAUUGAUAUAUAUAAAUGUAUGCGGUAUUGAGCGGUUUAAUUUGGGCGAAAAUAUGUGGGAUUAAGAUAAAAAAGUGUGCGGUUAUGAACGACGCAUUGGGCACGCCGUAUGGUUCGCACCCGACUGCGGCCGGGCGUAGUUUAUUUAAACGACUUCCUUGUCGACGUUUUCAAAAUAUCGAGAAUUACGAUGGUACGCGAUAAUAACGGGUUCUUUUUCGGACAGGUCUCCGCACGAUGAGCGUAAGCAAACUAUAUUAAUCGCGUCGAAUAUUCUAAGGGUUGUGCGACGAAAAAGUAACAAAUAGAUGAUUAUUAAUAAUAAUAAUAAUUAUUAUUAAUAAUGAUAAUUUGUUAUUAAUAAAUAACAAAUAGAUGAUCAUUCGAGUAUAGUAACAAUAGUUUUACCGCACUGUUAAAUUGUUUUUACUUUUAGAAUAUUCGGUUAACUUAAUCGAUUGUACUUAUAUUUUUCAUAAUACUUGAUAACUAUAAACUACACUUAACUG